AUGGGAGAAUCUAACUUGAUUAUCCGACAAGCUCAAGGUGAAUGGGAAACUCGAGAUGUCAAACUUCUUCCAUACAGGAAACAUGUGGAAGAUCUUAGAAAAUGGUUCAAAUCCGUCGAAUUCAGGUACAUUCCUCGGUUUCACAAUGAGUUAGCCGAUGCACUAGCUACUUUGGACUCGAUGUUGCCAUAUCCAGGAAAUGUCCACAUUGACCAACUGGAAAUCCAAAUUCGAGAAAGACAUGGCUAUUGCAGUGCAAUUGAAAUAGAGCCUGAUGUUCAGCCAUGGUAUCCUAAUAUCAAAAGAUUCUUGGAAGAAAAAGAAUAUCCCGAGCAAGCUAGCGGAGACCAAAAGAGAACUAUUAGAAGGCUUUCCAGUGGUUUCUUCUUGAGCGGAGAGGUCUUGUACAAACUCCAGAUCUCAACCUUUUAA